CCAUCUAUUCAUUCCUCUAUUCAACCUGAGACCGACUUGGUUUCAUGUAUUCAUUCCUUCAUUCUGUCGAAACUCGAAUUCCCCAAAACCCUAAUUUCGGAAAAAUUUCCCCAAAUUCGACAAUGGAACAUGAGAAGAGCCAAACGAUGUACAACCUGUUCGUGAAGCACUUAGACGGUAAAACCCUAACCCUAUUAUUCCCUUCUCCGAUCCUUUACGCCAAUUCCAUUAAGGAUCGUCUCUUCCAACUCACCGGAAUCCCAAUCCGACACCAACGUCUCGUCACCGGUUGCCGCCACCUCAACGACGAUAAAUCGGCAAUAUGUUGUUCGCCGGAAGAUGGGAACAUGUUCCCCUCGGUACGGCUGCUUCUCCGUCUGAAAGGCGGGAAAGGAGGAUUCGGAUCGCUGCUUCGUGGAGCGGCAACGAAAGCAGGGCAGAAGAAGACGAACAAUUUCGACGCGUGUAGAGAUAUGAGUGGGCGAAGGUUGAGACACGUUAACGCGGAGAAGAGGUUGGAGGAAUGGAGAGCCGGUGAAGAAGAGAGAAAGCUCGAGAAAGUUGCGGAAGAGUUUUUGAAGAAACAGAUGAAGAAGAAUAAGGGUAAGGGUAAGAAUGGUGAUGUUGACGGUGAGGCUCAUAAGUAUGUUGCCAAAUAUAGGGAACAAUCUGAACGAUGUGUUGCGGAUGUUGCUUUGUCUGUACAAGAUUCUCUCAGAGAUUCUAAGCGCAAGUCUUCACCGAUAUCAGAAGCUUCUCUUCCACAUGAUCGCAAGAAGUUGAAGAUAUGGAUGGGGAAGAGGACAUUGAAUGAAAGUGAUGAUUCCGAUUCUGAUGAAGAUGUUGAUGAUGUUGAGGGGGAAACUGAUAAAUCUGUUUUGUUAAAUAGUCAGAAUGAGUCUGGGUUAACUAAGGCUGAAGAUAGUUCUGAUUCUGUGACUGGUUUAAAGCGGGAUGGAGACUCUUCUGGGGUCGGCUCGUGUGAGAGUGGAUCUGAAGAAGAGAAGGAAGCUGUUGUAGAAGAAGGCAAAGUGGAAUCUGCUGGAGGAUCCCAGAGUUGUGAUACUACUAUUCAGGCCAGUGUUGCUGCUGAACCUGAACUCAUGGUACAUGAUGAGAUGAUGGAGAUUAAUGCUGUGCCUUGUUCAGAGACGUUGGAUUCUGGAAUUAGUGCUCAAGAUCAGGAUAACAAAGUUGAUGGCACUGUUGCUCAAGUCUCAAAUAUUGUGAGCUCUGAAAUUGUGGCCAAUGACAUGGAAAUUGAUGGUUCUCUUGAGCAUAAAACAGUGGUCAUUGAAGAAAGCUUGCCAAGCAUUAGUGUCCCAGUGAAGGAGGAGCCUUUGAAUUUUGAUGCUUUUAAUUCAGCUGCUGAACUUGAGAUUCUUGGCUUGGAAAAGUUGAAGACUGAACUCCAGUUGCAUGGGUUAAAAUGUGGUGGUACUUUGCAGGAGCGUGCUGCUAGGCUUUUUCUUUUAAAAUCGACUCCCCUGGAUAAACUUCCAAAGAAACUGCUAGCAAAGAAAUAAAAAGCAUUUUGAUAUGCAUCUAUCAUCUGUGGAGCAGUUCCUUCUCUGUACAGUAUCUUAUAACUGAUCAUACGUUUUUGUUUGGCAGUUAAUUGUGUCUUGGGUUGCGGAACAGACUAAUGCCUGCAUUUUCUGUUCGUUAUGUUUUCACUGUUGGCUGUAUUUGAUGCAAUAAUACAAUACUGUUACCAAACCGUCAAAGGAAGCUGGACUAUGUAUAAUUCAAGUCUUAUUUUGCAUUAUGAACAAUUUCAAUUUUGCUUUUA